CGUCAUCUCCCUUGCUCCUUGCGUUGAACUCGAUUAUUUCUCGUCUUGCCCAAUUCUAUUUGUAAAAACGAUAGGAGUUUUCCAGUAUGGCGGAUCAUUAUGAGCUGGAAUUCUCUCACAAUACCGCCCUACUCGCCACUCCCGGUGCCUCCGAGGACACCGAUUUCAUCCUCGAUGGGAACGCGUUGGCCUUCAACGAUGCGAGUUUGCCCUUUGAUGGCGGCAACGACUGGGUAUUCGACGACGCUGGGUUUGCCUUUGACAACACCGACUUAAUCCUCAAUGUUCAUCCCCUCGACACUGAGGCUGAGGGCCACUUUCCCUCAGGAAUACCCUAUUCCUCGAGGAUUGUGCAAAGUCCCGAUGACUCUGCCGUUGAAGUCCAUGUCCCUGAAAUUCAGACCUGGGUCGGCAGUCUGGGAGACCUUGAUGAUCGCCGCAUACAAGUCUUGCACCAUAACAGACAAGAAAAUGACGAUGUGCCCCUCGGUGCGCUAAUCGACGACACAGAGUUUCGGAAAGAUCAACCUAACCUUCUCGCUCUUCCGCAUGAUAUUCCAGUCGUUCCCAAGACUGGGAAGCGAUUUUCCUCAAGCGCCCUCAGAGUACUGAAAAAUUGGCUGAUGAGCCAUACGAAUCGCCCUUAUCCUGCGGUCAGAGACGUAGAACUUCUCGAGAGACUGACCGGCCUCAGUAAACAACAAAUUCUGAACUGGUUCUCCAAUGCUCGUCGACGAAAGAAGUUUUCUCUAUCCACAUCCCUGGCACACACUGCGCAAUCCUCAGAAACUCCACCUCUCGAGAUACCUCGUCCGCGUCCGCCUACCCCAAUAGUCGGACACAUGAAUCCCCUGGAGAGAUGGCAAAACUCUCCACCUGAAGACGACCCGGCCAAUCUCAGUGCGAUUGUACGUGCAUUAUCUGAACCACCGACAGAUUUAGACAAUUUGGCCGGUACUCGCUCAACAAACCAUACACUUGCACGGUCCCAAGACAAUACUUGCUCCGUCAGCAGUACCGGCACAUCCGACUCGAGCCGAAGUUCUCGUGCUUCUGCUUACUCGCACACUUCGCAAGCUUCGGGCCAUUCCCUCGGCUACCUCAAGAAAACUAGGAAGCGAAGAAAGCGAGCCAAUGCCAAGAAUGAAAGCAAUGCCCGCAGAGCCCUGAUUCAAGUCUCUCAUCCUUUCCAGUGUACUUUCUGCACAGAGACAUUCAAAACGAAACACAACUGGCAGCGACACGAACAGUCCUUGCAUUUAUCACUGGAGCAGUGGCAGUGUUCACCUCACGGCCCUACGGCUGUCAAUGCGGAUCUAGAGUCUGUAUGCGUUUUUUGUGGGCUUAUCAGUCCCGAUGACGACCAUAUUGAUACUCAUAACUACGGAUCGUGCCAAGAGCGCGAGAAGGAAGAGCGGACAUUUUACCGAAAAGACCAUCUCAUACAACACUUAAGGUUUAUGCACAACUCCCAGUUCAGGAAGUGGCCAAUGGAAGACUGGAAACUCAGCCUCACCGGAGAGAUACGGUCUCGAUGCGGAUUUUGCAAAGUUCAUUUGACUUCAUGGGCGGAACGGACUAACCACCUGGCUGAACAUUUCAAGGAGGGGAGGACAAUGGCUGACUGGAGCGGCGAUUGGGGAUUUGAAAACCCUGUGCUUGAUAUGCUUGAACAUUCUGUCUCUCCAUAUCUAAUACAGUACGAACGGAAUUCUCCUGCGCCAUUCACGCCUCAUUCAGGAGCGCCUCAUAGUCCCACCAAUGCGUUCGAACUGAUCCAACUAGAACUGGACUAUUUUUUUGCGAACCACAAGGAAGCCAAUAACCGCAUACCUUCAAACACGGCAAUGCAAUACGAAGCCUGCUGCAUUGUUUUCGGCGCUGAAGCCUGUCAUCCACACUCCGAUAGCCCUGCGCAGUCCUGGUUACGCGAUCUGAUCAUGUCGUCAGAAAAAAUCACAAAAGACGCUCGACUUCGUCCUAUGAAAAGUGCAGCUAGGUCCCGACUCACCAUGUUGAACAUCUACGGCAAAGAUGACAUCUUUGAAAACGAUCCACUAGAGAGUCAAUUGCGUCAGCACGUUGACAUGCUUCAGCUACUGAAUUUCGAGGUGGGGGAUGAUGAGCUCCAACACGAGGCAUACAAACUUGUCAAUCAAAUGUCAGACUCUUCAGUAGUGUUCAUAAAGCUGUUAUACGAUCUGAUAUACAGCUCGACGCAUUGGUUGGUGCCGUUUCGCCUUCGCGCAGGGCUGGAACCUGCAAAAGUCCUGUUGCAUACCACUAGCAACAAAGACUCUACGACACAGUGUCCUUUGACUGCUAGCAUAGAUCUUGGGACAGAGGUGUUGGGCCAGGACAGUUUUAUUACAGCAGAUCAACAACCGAGUUCUUCUACUUUUCAACCCACACCGGCUAGAUUCUCUACCGGCGAAUCUGGACAAGAUGUUGGUAUUGGAGCUAAGAAAGUCGUUCUUAUCAACGAUAACAAUUUAUAUCGAAUGCUCACUAGAGAGCUAUAUCGGUUUGUAGCGAGUGCAAUGUCACCACUCAAUCCAAACAGCCACAUACCCACUGAUGAAGAGCUUCAGUUUCAAGCACGGUGGAUUAUGUACGAUGAGUGAGUGAAGACCACGUCCUUCGUAUACCGGUUUAGUACUACAUGCUUACGAUCUUAGUGAUGACCCAUGGAAUCAGACCCCGGCUGAUAAUCCUGACUGGCUUCAAGA